CCCAGUACGGGAAUUAAUCGCGAUUUAUGGAAGAUUAAAGAGCGGCUAAACGAAGCGAAGUUAACUAUUUGGCUGCGACGGUUGGCUGUGUCGCCGGAACGGCGGCCGAUGCUUCAUUGUUUCUUCUCGUUCUUACGAAGAUGAAGAGCUGCGUAUCUGACUCCGAGAGAUCUCCGUAAUCUGGCGGGCUUGUUUCUGUGUUUCUAUUUCUCUCACGGAAAGUUCCGGCGAGAAUAACGUGGACGGGGACUUCGAAGUGGUUAUUUGUUUGCUAUAUAUAAUAGGCCCGAAAUGAUAGGAUCUUUUCUCACCAGAGCCCUCGCAUUGGUUCUUGGGUACGCUUAUCCUGCUUAUGAAUGCUUCAAAACUGUGGAAUUGAACCGCCCAGAGAUUGAGCAACUUCGGUUCUGGUGUCAGUAUUGGAUUUUAGUUGCUGCAUUGACAGUCUUUGAGAGGGCUGGAGACACUUUUAUCUCAUGGAUGCCAAUGUAUAGUGAAGCAAAGGUGGCAUUUUUUGUAUACCUGUGGUAUCCCAAAACCAAGGGAACAACAUACAUCUAUGAAACUUUUUUGCGACCUUAUGUGACUAGGCAUGAGACUGAAAUUGAUCGCAACUUACUUGAGCUGAAGGCCAGGGCUGGCGACAUGGUUUUCCUCUAUUGGCAGAAGGCUGCAAUGUAUGGACAGACACGGAUUUUUCAGAUCUUUCAGUUUAUAUCUUUUCAACCAACACAGCAACAAGGAAGAUCCAGACCCACUGUGCAGAGGCACUCAGUUCAUCUUGGCCAUCAAACAGUGCCAUCAGUUUCCGCAGGCAAUCAAGUGGCCCCAUCCCAGAAGCCGCUACAGCCACCUCGUGCUUCUCCAAGUCCAACCAAGAACAAGAAUCACGAACCACCUGCAAAAGCUUCAGGAGUUCCUCCUCCAGUCCCAACUCCUCAGAUCCAGCUAUCACCAGGCACUCCAUACCAACCUUUUGCUUCAGCUAACACAUCUCAAACAUCAACAAGUGAAGGAGAGUUAAAGCAAAUUGCUACUACUGCUGCUGAGCCUGCAAGCGUCGAGGACUCCAAUCUUCCAGCCAAGGAGACACCCAUAGAAGAAGCCAUUCGAAUGACUCGUGGAAGGUUAAGGAAACGAGCCGGCUCUUUUGGCCCGUCGUCCUGCCAGUGAUAAGUAUUUAUCUACUAGCUUAAUUCAGUUUAUAGUUUAGGGUAAUGAGUUCCAAUUGAAGAUGAAAUAGCCAGUUGAGGCUGAUUGUAUCAGUUAGUGCGCGGGUAAAUAAAACCUCUAAUAAAUAGAAUUAAUAUAUCUGCAUCCAGCUCUGACGCUUUAGCAUGUUAUGAAGCCAUGAAAAGAGUAGUGAAAUUAGGAUUUUGUGUACUAAAAUGUUUAUCAUUGAUCAGAAAUGGAAUUUUUUGAA